UUCUUCGUUUAGAGAGCUUUAAAUACUCUCUGUAUUUCCCCGCGCCCUAUUUACUCCACGUAAUAAUGCCUCGUUCAUAUCUUCAUCUCUUUGAUCCUCAUCCACCGCCGAUUCUUCCGUUUACCGGCGGCGAUUCAUCACUCGGCGGCGGCGGCGACUCGGUACAGGUAUCAGGCGGUGGAACGACUCAUUCGUCUUCCUCCAACACUGCAUCUUCAAUCGUAAUAGUCAUUAUAGUUAUUGCAUCUGCUGUUAUUUUAUCCGCAUCUUUGUACUUAAUCCUUCGAUGUAUCACUCGCCGAUGUAAUCGUUCCGUUAGAACGUUCUCUGCUGCAGAUGACGUUGUAGUUCUUCCGUCGUUACGUAAUCGGAAUCAGAAUGAUUUCUCUAUGGCUGAUGACUUGAUUAGUUCUCUUCCUCUAUUCACAUACGGUUCCUUAACCGGAGACAUUGCAGGUGGAGAUUGUGCAGUUUGUUUAUCGAAAUUUGAGAUUAAGGAUCAGUUGAGGCUGUUACCUCUCUGUUGUCACGCAUUUCAUGCUCAAUGUAUCGACGCUUGGCUUUCCUCGAAUCAAACUUGUCCGCUUUGUAGGUCUACGAUUCAUCCGACUGAAGAAGAUGUAAUGAAUAAGAUCCUCUCGUCAACAACAACAACAACAACGGAGAAUAAUCGAGAUCGAGGUAGUUUUAGAGUUGAAAUCGGAAACGUGAGUCGUCGAGGAACGACAUCAGAUUCCGUUGAUUUAACAACUAGACGUUCCUAUUCUAUCGGUUCGUUUGAUUACAUUGUUGACGAAGGUUUCGAAGUUCCAAUCGCAUCAACUCAUAGUCGUGGAUUAUCCGACUGUACUGCCGCCGAUAAGGAAUCGUACACUUCAGCACCACCACCACCGGAACCUCCAGGUGAUGCGGUGGCUAUCAAUGUCGCUGAUCAUCAACGGAGUUGGCUUAGAGACUACAUCGACAGACUGGCUUCGAUUUCAUCUCGAACGCUGUCGUUUCGAAGCUCCGGUAGAAUACUUACCGGAAGUAGUCGCCGGAGUGAGACGGCGGUUGCCGUCGAGGACUUGGAGGCGAGUCGUCUUGGAGAAGAAAUUGGGGAAUUGUUCAGAUGGCUAUCAGGGGUAUGAUUCUGUUAAUUCCGUAAAUCUAUAAGGGCAAAAUGGUUAAUUUCUCCCAUCUUUUGCUACAUCCACUCCAUAUUAAAUUUUGUUUCAUCCAUGAGUGGAAAUAGCAAAGAAUGGGGAAUAACGGUUUUCUGAACAGAUAAACUGAAAAUGGUUACGAAUAAUCUCCUUCUAUAUUUUACAUGAGAUUAUUAGCUGUGUAAAUUAGUUUUAAAAAAAUGAAAUAUUUUCUUAGUUGUAAAUCAUUUCAUUUCGAUUUCUCUAUUAUAUUAUUAUAUAUAUUAAUUGUAAGUUUGC